AUGAGCGAGCAAGCAGCGCCUAUCGACGUCCCGGUGGUGAUUCUAGGAGGCGGCGGCUGUGGCCUCAGCCUCUCCUGCUUCUUGUCCGACUAUGGCAUCGAGCACUACCUCUUCGAAAAGCAUCCAGGCACGGCGCUUCUCCCUCGGGCCCACUACAUCAAUCAGCGUUCCAUGGAGAUUUUCCGUCAGCACGGCAUUGCAGAGCGCAUCAAGGCCGUCGGCUGCCCGAUCCGCAACAUGAGCCAGAUAGACUGGCGAACGUCCCUCGCCGGCGACGGCCCCUACGAUGGGCGGGUGAUCGGCUCGGUUCCUUCUUUCGGCGGGUCGGUCGGGACCCGUGACUUUGAGAGUUAUCGUGAACACGGGGCCGAAUUGUCUUGUAACUUGCCUCUAGUGCGAGCCGAACCCAUUCUCCGGCAGAUUGCCGAGGAGCGGAACCCGGGCCGAAUCCAGUUCGGCCACAGGGUCCUCGACUUCACCGAGGAGAAGGACGGCGUGUUGGUCAAGGUUGAAGGGCCCGACGCCAAGAUCCAAGUCUACCGCGCUAAGUACCUUGCGGGAGCCGACGGUGGCAAGUUUGCUGGCGACAGGAUAGGAGCUCGCAUGGAGGGUCCGACAAACCUUGUUGAGUUUCUCAGCGUGUAUUUCAAGGCGGAUCUGUCCGAGUACUGUGACGACCGGACCUUAAUCUCCCACUUCAUCAACCCGGAGGGAGAGAAGAUGGAGCGUUUCGACUGCGGCGUGCUGGUCAAGAUGGGCCCUACCUGGGAUCGCCGUUCCGAGGAGUGGCUCCUCCACUUUGGCGUGCCCGUCGACGAGCAUCUGCCGUUAGAGGCGGACGAGCUCGCUGCCCGGGGUCGGCAGCUAUUGAAGAUUCCGGACCUGAAGAUGGACGUCAUCAAGGUCAGCCGCUGGGUCCUGGAGAGGACACUGGCGUCCAAGUACCAAGAAGGCCGCGUGUUCCUGGCCGGAGACGCGGUGCACAAGCGGCCGCCCACAACCGGGCUCGGACUCAACACGGCCAUCGAUGACUCGCUGAACCUGGCCUGGAAGCUGGCCUUCGUCCUGCGUGGCAAGUCCGAACCCUCCAUCCUGGACACGUACGGGAUCGAGCGUCGGCCCGUGGGCGGGCGGAACUGCGAUUGGGGCCUCUUCACCUUCUCCAACUACCCCGUGCUCCAAGCAGCCGUCGGCUUCAUUCCCGGACAGAGGGAAUACAACCAGCAGCGGGUAGCUCGUAUGUUCGAGGACUCGCCCUACGGCGAGACAGCGCGGUACCACCUGCAGCGGGUUCUCGAAACACAGGAUGUCGAGUUCUGUGCGCACAACAUCGAGCUCGGCUUCUCGUACGACAGCCCGGCGGUGGUGCCGGACGGAUCGGUCAAGCCCAAGGAAGACCCCGGUGGACGAGUGUACGUCCCCACGACGCGACCCGGCCAUCGCCUGCCACAUGCCUGGAUCGAGCAAGACCACAAGGUCGUCUCGACCCACGACCUGAUUGGCGACGGGCGCAACCACGACCUGCUCUUGAUCACAGACGAGGCGGGGGAUGACUGGUCGCGCGCGGCCGCGGGCAUCUCGGCGUCCUCCCGGAUCCGCAUCGGCGUGGCGGCGAUCAAGGCCCAUCGUCAUUGCCGCGAUCCCGGUCUCUACGUCGACUGCGACGACAGAUGGGCGAGGGUGCGGGAAUUCGGCGACGGAGGUGCGAUUGUUGUCCGGCCCGACAACUUCGUCUUGUGGAGGAGCAUGGGCCCCUCGCGUCGCGGUGGAGAGGAGCUUGCCGAGGAGCUGGAGAAGGUGUUUAAGCUCAACUUGAGGAAUGGCCCUGUUAAUACCGCGCUGGCGGCGAUUAAUUAG